UGUUUCUGUCACUUGUAUUUAUGUAGAGAGAAUUGUGCUCUGCACAUUCUGCUGGGGAAAACAAGAUUUUCUUUCCAAUGCUUAAAGCCAUUUAAACUAUUUAUAUUUUCAGAACAUAAACAUAUUUUGUCUGUUUUUCCUGUGUUCAUAUUCCUGCCUUUUGAAACCAGAAAACCUUCAACUCUGAACAACCCUCCCCGAGCAUAACAUAACUUAAUACUUGUAGAUACAGCACUCUUUUUACAGAGUCAGUGCUUUUUUUUCUACCUUAAAAUCUUUCACCCAAGGUAAUACCAUUGAGUGCAUGUCCAAUAUUGUUUUGCAAUAGUUGGUUUUGACAUAUCAAUCAAUAGUUGUAAUGUAUUAACAAUGAACCACUACAUCUUGCCAUCAGCUCCAAUGCUUUAUGUGCUUAACCAGUUUUUCUUUUGUCAGAUUUGUUUCAAAUUGAUUGUUUGUUAGAUGGCCAAACCCCUCGAUGUUUGGCGUGCAUUACUUUGGCUUAUAGCACUAGACUAUUCAUCUUUUUGAUUUUUCAAGGAGAGCUGAUCUGAUUAAAAUGGCCUGAAAACAUAAGAGUUAUUUUUCAAAAUAACAAGGGAGAGAUGAAUAAGGAGACAUGACAUCUUGGUAGGUAGGGGCAAGUCCAGUUCUUUGGGGGGCAUUUAAUAUCCAUGUACUGUCAAUGUCACCAUAGACAAGUUCAAUAUGAGUCAGAGGAGAGUAACUAGGGCAGGUGUCACCAACGUGGUGCACAGGGUCACCUGGUAGCCAGCGCACAUGGUGUACCUAAGGAGUAUGUUUUCAAAAUAAAACUAGUCAAACAGCUGCUGAAAAUCUAAUUUAUAUUUUUUGUUUUUUUAAAUUAGUAAUACCAACAUUGAUGUUCAAGAGGGUGCAAAUAACAAGGGUAAGAAGGGUCCCAGAAAUUGACCAAGCACCAAUAUUUGUAUUAGUAUUAUUAUUACAUUAAUAGGGAUGUGAUUAGCCAUGACGUAGCUCUCAGUUUCAAAACGGUUGGAGGCUACGUAUUGCCAGUAUACAAUAUACUAAACAAAUUCAACAAAUGUGCCGUAUAUAUGACUUUCCAAACCAAUUCUGACGUGUUUAACAACCUAAAACGGACAAAUCCGAUGUCUAACCGCUGCCCGCGAAAGAGCAGCUAAUUGACUGAGUCACAGAAUUCAACGCAACACACCGGUCAACCUGACGCGGUUGGCUGUUCCUCAACCAAUCACAGCUCUCUUGGAAACAUCGUGCCUUUGAAAGAUUAUGCGAGAGAUGGGAAAAAAGACGGACCCAAAGGCCAAACACAAAUCAACAAAAGUGAAGAGCCUGAGCGAUGGUGACGACGGUGGCGCUAACGGAAAUGACCCCCAGAACAGCACAAAGCCGACUAACUCUGCAGAGAAAAGCCAUAAUGGAAAACCUAAGAAGGUCAAAUCAUCGAAGACAAAGAUGCUGAAUCCUGCCGACAGUCCCAGCUCAGUAAAAAAGGAGAUAAAAGAAGAUGAAAAAGAAGAUGAAAAAGAGGAUGAAAAAGAAGAUGAAAAAGAAGAUGAAAAAGAGGAUGAAAAAGAAGAUGAAAAAGAGGAUGACGACUUCACUGUCAAGAAGGGAACGAAAAGGAAAAGGAUUAAAAAUGAACCGCAGGAGGAGUCUUUGAACGCUGCCACCAGAACCAAUUCAAGGAAGAAAAAGAAACGUGACAAAGAAGAGGAAAGUGAUGAAGAAAUGCCGAAAAAAAAGAAGUCAAAGAAAGCAGAGAAGGCGGUGAAAAAGGGGGAAGGAGACGAUCCUGUGCCAAAAAAACCCAAGAAAACCAAGGCCGAGGUGCAGGAGGCCAAAUUACUGAAGCUCAAGAUCAAGGAGGAAGAGGAGAAGAGUCGCUGGCGAUGGUGGGAGGAAGAAAAGUAUGAAGACGGAGUUAAGUGGAAGUUUCUGGAACACAAGGGACCUUAUUUUCCUCCCGAUUACACGCCAUUACCUGACGACGUGAAUUUUUACUACAACGGUCAAAAGGUGAAGCUUAGCUUGGCGGCAGAGGAGGUGGCGCUGUUCUUCGCCCAGAUGUUGGACCACGAGUACACCACCAAAAAGGUUUUUAGGGAGAACUUCUUUAAAGAUUGGAGGGAGGAAAUGACAGAAGAGGAGCAGCAACUGAUCCAAGAUCUUGACAAGUGUGACUUUGGAGAGCUCCAUAGCAUGCACAAAGCCAAGGUGGAGGCCAGGAGAAAUAAGAGCAAAGAGGAGAAGCUGGCUUUGAAAGAAGCCAAUCAGAAGAUAGUGGAUGAGUUUGGUUACUGUCUGCUGGACCACCACAAAGAGCGCAUAGGCAAUUUUAAGAUUGAGCCUCCGGGGCUGUUCAGAGGUCGAGGAGAGCAUCCUAAACAGGGCAUGCUGAAGAAGAGGAUCCAGCCAGAGGAUGUCAUCAUCAACUGUGGCGUUGAGGCCAGCAUCCCAGUGCCACCUGCUGGUCACCAAUGGAAAGAGGUCCGACAUGACAACACGGUCACCUGGUUGGCCAGCUGGAACGAGAACAUCCAGGGCUCCAUUAAAUACAUCAUGCUCAACGCCAACUCAAAACUCAAGGGCGAGAAGGACUGGCAGAAAUACGAGGUUGCUCGGAAACUGAAGACUUGCGUGGACACAAUCCGUGAACAGUACCUGGAAGAUCUCAAGGCUAAAGAGAUGGUCACUCGCCAGAGAGCUGUUGCCCUCUACUUCAUCGACAAGCUGGCGCUGAGGGCUGGUAACGAGAAGGAAGAGGGAGAGACGGCGGACACGGUGGGCUGCUGUUCGCUGCGCGUCGAGCACAUCACCCUGCACAAGACGCUGGACGGAAACGAAUGUGUGGUGGAGUUCGACUUCCUGGGUAAAGACUGCAUUCGUUACUACAACAAGGUGCCGGUCAUCAAGAAGGUUUUUAAGAGUCUAAAGUACUUCAUGAAGAACAAGGAUCCUGGAGACAACCUUUUUGAUCGACUCUCUACGACCAAAAUGAACCUACACCUCAGCUCCUUGAUGCCCGGUCUGACCGCGAAGGUCUUCAGGACGUACAACGCCUCCAUCACCCUGCAGGAGCAGCUGAAUGCGCUCACAAACAAGUCAGACAAUGUGGCAGAGAAAAUACUGUCCUACAACAGAGCAAAUAGAGCCGUCGCUAUUCUCUGUAACCACCAGAGGGCGCCGCCAAAAACCUUUGAUCAAUCUAUGGCCAAUCUGCAGGUCAAGAUUGAUGCCAGGAAGGAGAUGUUGGCUCUGGCUAAGACGGAGCUAAAACAGGCCGAAGAGGAAGCCAAGGACAAAGACAGCACUGACCCCAAGCUACAGAUACAGGUGGAGAGGAAGAAAGCGGCGGUGCAGCGUUGUGAGGAGCAGCUGCUGAAGAUGGAGGUGCAGGCGACUGACAGGGAGGAGAACAAACAGAUCGCCCUGGGUACCUCCAAGCUGAACUACCUGGACCCACGCAUCAGCGUGGCCUGGUGUAAAAACAUGGGGGUACCUAUAGAGAAAAUCUACAACAAAACCCACAGAGACAAGUUCGCCUGGGCCAUCCACAUGACGGAGGAGGACUUUGUGUUCUGAUUGGCCCCUCGUCCAAAUUCCUCACUCUCAGAAAACCAAUGCUACGGAGGAACCAGUCACUUUGCAGCACUUACAUGUUCCCUUUAAGACUGCUGUAUUCUCAGAUCAGGGA